CUCGCUCUGGGCCGGAGCCUGCGCGUCCGUGUCCGCGGUGGAGGCUGCGUCUGCCGCGGGCCCUGGGCGAGGAGUGGGGCGAUGCAUAGGCUGCGCGGCUGCUGUGCGCGUCCCCGCGGUGCCCCGCUACGGGCCGAGCGGAGCCGGGCGAGCAGCCGCGCCCUGCGGGUGCUGGUGGACAUGGAUGGCGUGCUGGCGGACUUUGAGGGCGGCUUCCUCCGGAAGUUCCGCGCGCGUUUCCCCGACCUGCCCUUCGUGGCGCUGGAGGACCGGCGCGGCUUCUGGGUGUCGGAGCAGUACGGACGUCUGCAGCCUGGGCUAAGCGAGAAGGCCAUCAGCAUCUGGGAGUCAAAGGAUUUCUUCUUUGAACUUGAGCCUCUCCCCGGAGCCGUGGAAGCAGUGAAGCAGAUGGCCAAUCUACAGAACACUGAUGUCUUCAUCUGUACAAGCCCCAUCAAGAUGUUCAAGUACUGUCCCUAUGAGAAGUAUGCCUGGGUGGAGAAGCACUUUGGCCCUGAAUUUCUGGAGCAGAUUGUGUUGACCAGAGACAAGACUGUGGUCUCAGCCGAUCUUCUCAUAGAUGACCGGCCAGACAUCACAGGGGCCGAGCCACAUCCCAGCUGGGAGCACAUCCUCUUUACCUCCUGCCACAACUACCACCUGCAGCUACAGCCCCCUCGCCGCAGGCUGCACUCAUGGGCAGACGACUGGAAGGCCAUUUUGGACAGCAAGCGGCUCCGCUGAGGGCUGUACUAUGGCUCUCUCGUGGUUCAGCAUGGGGCUCACAGCUCACAACUGGACAGCAGACAGCCCAGUGAGGGUUAUGCUGCAGUUCCCUGGUACUUCCUGGAGGACCCCAGUGAACACUUGGGUCAAAACAAUGUCUGACACACUUCCCUUCUUCCCCUAGCCCAGCAAGGCCUUAACCUGAUAGUUGGGGUGGGGAUAGAAGAAAGACGUGUGUUCCCAGAUAAGUUGAUCUGACCUCAGGCAGAUGCCCCAUGCCACUGCCUCUCACUGCGUGCAAUAGGGGUUCUCUGAGACAUGGAAGUACCCUGAUCCAGGAUCUGCAAGGUGAGGAGUGCCAGGGACAGAUAGAUGACAACGGUUCCCCUGGCAGGCAUGUAGGUACCUCUAUUGUAGAAUCUUGUCCAGCUUACCUACUUAGUCUUUCUGGCUUUUCAUGGCCACCAGGCUCUUUUGGAGGCCACCGAGACCCUCCCUAUGGUCUCUUGCUCUGGUGUUCCUAGAUCCCAUUAACAGCCCAGAAAGGAGUCAGCAGGUGUGAAUAUUUGUUGCCGACAUGAGAAAUAAAUGCUACUCACACAUA